AUGACUCUUGGUGACUCUAUUCGCAAAGGCGUGGGUAUGGUCCACGGAACCGGCGAGGCGAUCCGCGGCAAUGCCAUGUCCAUUGUCGACGAAGCGAGCGGCGAUAAGGCGAGCGCAGUCAAGAACCAGGAGAUCGCCAACAAGGGUGUCGACGAGUGGGAUCAAGGCUACCGAGGCCACGCUGCCAGCGCUGGUGUCACUCCUGCCGACGCCGAUGCCCACCGCGAACGCAUGAACACGACCGAAACCACAGCCACAAACUACGGCUCGCACAACUCAAACAUUGGCAAUAAGGUCGAUCCCAGGUACGACUCGGAUAUGGACCACAGGGGAACUGCGACGGGUUCGACAAACGCUGGACCGCAUUCGACCAACGUUGGCAACAAGCUCGACCCACGCUUCGACUCGGAUGUAGACCAUCGUGCUGAUCCUACAUCCAACGUUGGCGGUACGGGAUACGAGACACCUGAGAAAGACUUCGGGUGGCAGCCCUCGCAAGGGUUUGACCACGCCUGGCAUCCACCACACGAACACCGGCAUAACCCAAACUCUCACCACGAGCAUCGCGGCUCAAUUGGCAGUUCGUCCGGACUAGAGGCUGCGAACAAACUUGAUCCGAUAUUCGUCGCCGGGCCUGACGAAGAAUCAAUGAAGUACGCAGACCACCCUAACAUUCACCGUCUCCGAGGCUCAAUAAGUGGCGUGUCCGGCCUUGAGGCUGCCCAGAAACUCCACCCUCCCCAAGAAGCAACAGCCCGUCUCCCAGACGAAGUAUCGGCUCGUGGCCCCGGCUACAGCCAAUCUGAUCCAUCCUAUCACCAACCAAUACCUACGCAUCAAAGCAGUGUUCUGACCAUGCUCGAGGCGGACGUUAACUCGGAACAAUACCAUCCGCUAAACCGCGCUACUACAGAGCCUGUGUCCCAGUACAAUGAUCGCAACGAGAAUCCAUCGCAGUUAGAAUCGGGAGGAUACUCCCCGGAUUCAGACGCUGAGUUACAUCGCCAGUCACACCGACGAAGCCGUAAGUUCUCUCUCCGAGUGCCGAAGAAUCUUGCACCUGCUGGUAGUAUACCAAGUGGCAUGUGCAAAGGCGUCAAGCGUCUGGCAAUUUGGAAUGAAUCGUUCGCUGAUACACUGGGACUCUAG